UUGAGGAAGGACAUCCGGGGAAUAAAACUGGUUUCCUGACGGGCGAGAACUAGCCAUGUCUCGUCUUAUGUUCCAGGCGUUAUGUCUCAAGUCCACCGCCUUUUUAAUGUUUAACCUUCGAAACAUUGUUUUUGGGUCAGCGGCUUAGUUCGACAUUGGGGUGGUCUGGCUUGAACGCCGGCCAGUGCUACGCCGGGUAAGCUAAUGCUAAUGUCGGCUAGCUUUGGCAAACUAAUAAAAUCGAUAAAAACAACACCAAGAUGUACGGCAUCUUCAACCUUGGGACUACUUUGUGAUUGGUGUCGUAUUGAGAUUAUAUGGUCGUACCUGUACAAUCUGAAAGUCGGAGGAGUGUGGUGACCGCCAGUGUCUCCAAGGGAAGCCACGUUUCUCGACGAGGUGAAGGCAGCCGAUGCUUUCUCCACGGUGGCAGCAACUGAUGGUCGGAGGCAGCCGGUCGGGAGGAGGCUUAGAGAGUCCGCAGCAGCCUCUUUGACAGGUGCAGGAGGUACGACGCAACUCUCCGCUCAUGUCUACGGCGUUCAUUGUUGCAAUGAGGAACCCCAGAGUCCACUUCUGAGCGCUCCGGGCCAUGAACUCCGUUUCCCCAAGUGCAUUGCAGUACGUCGGUGGAGUGAUGCACAAUGAGCUGGUGGACAGCCGGCGGCAGCAGUCCGUGGCACUGCAGGGGAGCUACGGACCCAGACCGCCUCAGAGUCCAGACUCUGGCAAAGAAACAACAGAGGAGCCGGAGGAAAUGGAUAAGCUGAAAGCCAAAAUUAUGUCAGCAUGGAACAAUGUCAAAUAUGGGUGGACUGUGAAAUCAAAAACCACCUUCAAUAAGAUUUCCCCAAUCACCCUCCUGGGACACUCCUACCUGCUCAACAGUGAAGAUCAAGUGGAUCAGUUUCGCAUGGCCUUCGUGUCCAGGAUUUGGCUGACCUACAGGCGAGAGUUCCCUCAGCUGGAGGGCUCCAGCUGGACCACGGACUGCGGCUGGGGCUGUAUGCUGCGAAGCGGCCAGAUGCUGCUAGCUCAGGGUCUCGUAGUCCAUUUGAUGCCCAGAGACUGGACCUGGCCAGACGCUCAACAGUUCACUGACGUGGAUUUUGAAGUGUUGCGAACGCGUUCACCGGCCAGGGUCGGCGGGGUCCCCAUCCCUUCUUUCAUCUCCCCGCGAGGGAACUGCACCCCUGAGAAAACCCUGCCAAGCGAUCCGACGCUCAGAUCCGGCCAGAGGAAGAGACCCGAGUCUAUAAGGGACCCACGAGCCGAGCACAUCCACCACAGGCUGCUUACCUGGUUCGGGGAUCAACCUCUGGCACCGUUUGGGGUGCACCAGCUGGUGGGAAUAGGCCGGAGUUCUGGAAAGAAAGCCGGCGACUGGUACGGCCCCUCCAUAGUGGCACAUAUACUGCGGAAAGCUCUGGCCAAAUCCACAGUUGUCCACAACCUGGCUGUGUACGUGGCUCAGGACUGUACAGUGUACAAAGAAGACGUGGCGCACCUGUGUGACUCGUCGCUCAGCCAGGCUCCCCCAGGACCUGACAACCAAACCUGGAAGUCGGUCAUCAUCCUGGUGCCCGUUCGUCUGGGCGGGGAGGCCCUCAACCCAUCUUACAUUGAAUGUGUCAAGAACAUUCUGAAGCUGGAAUGUUGUAUUGGAAUCAUUGGAGGCAAACCAAAGCACUCGCUCUAUUUUGUUGGCUUCCAAGAUGAGCAGCUGCUGUAUUUAGACCCGCACUACUGCCAGGCCGUUGUGGAUGUCACUCAUGUCAACUUCCCACUGGAGUCGUUCCACUGUAGUUCUCCCAAAAAGAUGCCCUUCACCCGAAUGGACCCCAGCUGCACCAUCGGCUUUUACGCCAGGAACAAGAAAGACUUUGAGUCUUUGUGUUGUGCAGUUACUUUGGCCCUGUCGUCAUCCUCGGCGGAAAAGUACCCCAUCUUCACCUUUGUGGAAGGCCUGGGUCAGGACUUUGGACUGGAGGGUCCCAGCAGUCACCACGGCGAGCCAGCGCCUCACAUCCUGCCCCCGGGCAGAGCAAGUCAGGUCAGCAGCCGACGACGCAGCGAUGACUUUGUCUUCCUGUGAGCGGAGGAGGCCGUCACCUGCGGGGAAGGGGUAGUACCACGUGACCUGGAAACACAAACUAGUUGUCUUCUAUUUAUUUUCACCCCUCACACAUGAUGGGUUCUAUAAGAUAUCCAGGUAUGAGGUGGUCCCUUUGGUGAGAACGGUGGUUAAGGCUGUGGAGGACAACAAGCACCUGUCCCAAAGUCCACUUGAAUGGACUCUUGUCCUCAAAAUGAACUGGUAAGGGACAGAAUAGACCUUUCUAGUAGAAGGUGUACAUUGUGUACGUGGUUCUUUGGCUAUUUAUCAGCGGAAUGAAAGUGUGGCUGUGCACGUGUACAUUGCUGUAUUUCACUAAACUUUGGAGGGAAAAAAAGCUCUAAAUGUCUGAACUGCUGUAAAGAAAAAUGUAGUUCAUAGUUUACUUUCUGUUUUUUUUUCCUGAACAAUACUCACUUCCAACAUUGGAAAAACUGUGGAUAGUUAUGAUGCCAUGUUCUGUCCAAAUUAGUGCGAUAUCGCUGAUUUUCUUUCCGAUUCGAUACCGAGUCAAAUACAGGGUUGAACAGUAUCGGCAAUACCGAUCCAAUGCUUUGUGCAUAUACACCUAAUGUGUCUGGUCAAAUUUAGAAAGUUGUGUACUUUAAAACAUUAACAUAUCGAUCUUUUAAAAAAAAAAAAAACAUUGGAAUGUAAUGAGAAAAAGCUGCAUUUUUUUAAACUAAUAAUUUACUCAAGUCACCUAUAACACUGGCUUUUUUAUAUAUAUAUAUAUAUAUAUAUAUAUAUAUAUAUAUAUAUAUAUAUAUAUAUAUAUAUAUAUAUAUAUAUAUAUAUAUAUAUAUAUAUAUAUAUAUAUAGCUGAAUUUCCCCCAGGGAUCAAUAAAGCACUUUCUAUUCUAUAUACAUAUAUAAUGUAUGUAUAUUUAUAUAUUUGUGUGUGUACAUGUAUGUAUGUGUGUAUAAAUAUAUCAACAUACAUAUAUAUAUAUAUAUAUAUAUAUAUAUAUACAGUGGGGCAAAAAAGUAUUUAGUCAGCCACCGAUUGUGCUACUUCUCCCUCUUAAAAUGAUGAGCGAGGUCUGUAAUUUUCAUCAUAGGUACACUUUAACUGUGGGAGACAGAAUGUGGAAAAAUAUAUCUAUCCAUCCAUCUUCUUCCGCUUAUCCGGGGUCGGGUCGCGGGGGCAGCAGCCUAAGCAGGGAAGCCCAGACUUCCCUCUCCCCAGACACUUUGUCCAGCUCUACCCGGGGGAUCCCGAGGCGUUCCCAGGCCAGCCGGGAGACAUACUCUUCCCAACGUGUCCUGGGUCUUCCCCUUGGCCUCCUACCGGUUGGACGUGCCCUAAACACCUCCCUCGGGAGGCGUUCGGGUGGCAUCCUGACCAGAUGCCCGAACCACCUCAUCUGGCUCCUCUCGAUGUGGAGGAGCAGCGGCUUUACUUUGAGUUCCUCCUCGAUGACAGAGCUUCUCACCCUAUCUCUAAGGGAGAGCCCCGCCACACGGCGGAGGAAACUAAUUACGGCCGCUUGUACCCGUGAUCUUAUCCUUUCGGUCAUGACCCAAAGCUCAUGACCAUAGGUGAGGAUGGGAAUGUAGAUCGACCGGUAAAUUGAGAGCUUUGCCUUCCGGCUCAGCUCCUUCUUCACCACAACGGAUCGGUAGAACGUCUGCAAUACUGAAGACGCCGCACCGAUCCGCCUGUCGAUCUCACGAUCCACUCUUCCCUCACUCGUGAACAAGACUCCUAGGUACUUGAACUCCUCCACUUGGGGCAGGGUCUCCUCCCCAACCCGGAGAUGACACUCCACCCUUUUCUGGGAGAGAACCAUGGACUCUGACUUAGAGGUCCUGAUUCUCAUUCCGGUCGCUUCACACUCUGCUGCGAACCGAUCCAGUGAGAGCUGAAGAUCCCGGCCAGAUGAAGCCAACAGGACCACAUCAUCUGCAAUAAGCAGAGACCUAAUCCCGCGGCCACCAAACCGGAACUCCUCAACGCCUUGACUGCGCCUAGAAAUUCUGUCCAUAAAAGUUAUGAACAGAAUCGGUGACAAAGAGCAGCCAUGGCGGAGUUCAACCCUCACUGGAAAUGUGUCCGACUUACUGCCGGCAAUGCGGACCAAGCUCUGACACUGAUCAUACAGGGAGCGGAACGCCACAAUCAGACAGUCCGAUACCCCAUAAAUGGAUAGACAGCGCUAUCGAAUUAUGCAAAUGAAAGCUUUUUUUCCCUCGACAUAUCUGCUCAUUUGGACAGAACACAUCUGACUUUUUCAUUAUAUUUUUAAUAAGACGUCUACCACUGAAAUGUUUGUUGUUGUUGCUGAUUAAAUUUCACUGAAAUCAC